UCCCACUUCUAAAUUCUCUCAUUUACUUCAAAGUUCCAAAAACUUGGUAUACAAAGACAUCGAUCCUUAUAUUUUUAUACUUGAUUCCAUAAACAUGACAGCCAUAAAACGAAGCGGAGAAGAUUAUGGCCACGUGGAAGCAGAAGCUAUGGCUAACUGUGCCUUAAUGCUUUUGUCACGUCUAAACAACAAAAACACUUCUUCAUCAUCAACAACAGAUAAUCAUCACAAUGAAUUUGAAUGCAAGACUUGCAAUAAACGGUUCCCAUCUUUCCAAGCCCUCGGUGGCCACCGUACAAGUCAUAAUAAACGGACAAAAUUACUCGGAGAUUUUGUUAUUGAAGCCAAAAAGAACAAGAUGCAUAAAUGUUCUAUAUGUGGAAUGGAAUUUUCUUUGGGUCAAGCAUUAGGUGGACACAUGAGACGUCACCGUGAUGAAAUUAAUAAAACAUCGACGUUGAUACCGGUGUUGAAGAGGUCAAAUAGUAGCAAGAGAAUAUUUUGCUUGGAUCUUAACUUAAUACCUGAUGAUGAUGCUGAUUUGAAGUUAUGGCCAAGGACACCCGUUUCAUCUCUUGUAUUGAUCCUCUCAUUUGUUUCUAAGGUUCCAAAAACUUGGUAUAUAUACCAGACAUCGAUCCUUAUAUUUUUAUUCUUGAUUAAUUCCAUCAAUAUGACUAGCAUGAAAAGAAGCAGAGAAGAUGAUGGGCAAGUGGAAGCAGAAGCCAUGGCUAACUGCGCCUUAAUACUUCUGUCUCGUUUAAACAACAACACUUCUUCAUCAGAUCGAGACUAUUUGAACGGUUUCGAAUGCAAGACUUGUAAUAAACGUUUCCUAUCUUUCCAAGCCCUCGGUGGCCACCGUGCAAGUCAUAAUAAACGGCCAAAAUUACCAGGAGAGUUUCUUGUGGAAGACAAAACGAACAAGAUGCAUAAAUGUUCUGUAUGUGGAUUGGAGUUUUCUUUGGGUCAAGCUUUAGGUGGACACAUGAGGCGUCACCGUGAUGAAAUUAAUAAAACGUCAACGAUGAUAUCAGUGUUGAAGAAAUCAAAUAGCAGCAAAAGAAUAUUUUGCUUAGAUUUAAAUCUAACCCCUGAUGAUAAUGUUGAUUUGAAGUUACGGCCGACGGCACCAGUUUCAACUCCUGUUUUUCGAGCCUUUAUUUAAGUCAGUCUUUUCAUUGUUCAUUUUUUCUUGUAUAUAAUUCUAAAAGUAUCUCGUUGGUUCUUUUACAUAUAUUGAAUCUAUCUAUAUACCAUAGCUAUUUACAAA